AUGGCCAUCGUGAACAAGAACAUUGGGAGGAUCAACCACUUCCAGUUGAUCGCGAGGGGUGGUGGUGCUCCAAGGCUUCCGCUUCCUGGUGCGCCCGGUGGAGCUGGCGUUGGUGGUGGUACUGCGGGAGCUGGCGGCGGUGGUGCUGCUGCAGCGGGCGGAGGACUUCCCCCACCACCACCAAGUCCUGGGCGUUUGGCCCGUACUCCUGCCGCAAGGGCCCCUACACCCGCUACCCUGCCAGCCCAGCUUUCGAAGAAGCCUUUCAACCUCUACGAGCUGUGGGACGAGUGGAUCAAGGGCCUGAAUGGCAACAAGGCGGCUUGCGAGUUCACUGCUCGUGAGCGCGGCCGCGUCAAGGACAAGUUCUGCCGCCGCAAGCAUGUGUGGGACUGUGUGAUUCGGUUGAUGGCCAAGGGCUUCGAUUGGAGGGCAGCGGUCGACCGUAUCUAUGCCACCUACGGGUGGCUUACGGUCACCCAGAUCAUCAACAAGUUCAAGCAAGACAAGAAGAAUCAGCCCACCGGCAUCCACCCACGCUUGCGUUGA